CUUGCACAAAGAAGAAAGAAAGAACACAGGGAGGAUGAAAAAAAAAUAAUAAUUAUAUAAAACAAUAGGCCAUUUUUCCUCUCUCAAAUCUCUCCGUCCUCCUUUCUUCCUUACCCCCGAUCUGAUCGGGGGCCAUCUCCGCUCUCCCUUGUCCGUUCGACGCAGGAUUCUAGGGUUUCCUUAAUCGUGCCUGAUUCAACAUCCCAAUCAGGAUUCCGUUCAAUCCGUUUGUGGGAAAAAAUUUCGCCAUUUCAGCCACAUUCUUGUUUUCCUCAUCUAAUUCCCUUCCCGCGACGGCUUGGAUCCUAUUCUUUAUAUGGUGAUUCGCGGGGAUUAAUCGCCGUUUUUUUUACCGGCUGGAUUGUACCCGCGGACGCCUUUGAUUUGUAUGCGAUUCGGGGUGGUGAUUUCUGGAAAUUAGCCGACGGGGCGGGGCAGAUAGAUAAGGAGUGUUCUAAUGGCGUCGGUUCAGGUGUUGCGUAAACAGGAGCACCUCGAGGCUGGGAAAAGGAGGCUGGAAGAGUUUCGCAAGAAGAAAGCAGCAGAUCGAGCCAAGAAAGCUGGAGCUCUCGCUCAAUCUCAAGGUUCUGAUGUUAACAUAGAGAAAAAACCGUUGGAGAAAAAACCUUUGGAGACUGAACAAGUAAGGGUUACAGCUUCAGAUGGAGUUGGUACCUCCAGUGCAUCUGGUGUGACUUUUCAAAUAUCCAGUCAAAGAAACAAGGGAGAUCAUCUUACCACCAAAGUUGAACACAGUACUUCCAAAAUUGCGAAUGCCAGUCCAUCUGCUUUAAAUGAUUUUAGUACAAUAUUUUCAGACAUAGGUCAGAGAAGUGCUGAGAAUAGUGAUCUGACAAGAUCUGAUGCCCUAGGCAUAGAGAGGGAAGGUGUUACCAAGUAUGGUCUGACAAAUUCAAUAUGCGAUUCUAGCGCUCAUGCUUCUGGCCAAGGUGUACUACCGGACGGGAUUCUGUCUGACCAGCCUAAGAAUCCACAGGUUGCCCAGGGUUUUGAUAGUAGUUUCUCCCAUUACAAACAUUCCGGGACAGACGCGUUCCAACAAGAAGAAUAUAAAAGUUCAUCAUGGGACUCUAUAGUUGCGAAUCCUGGUUCUCAAACAUCUUCUCUUAACCGGGGUUCUAUCUUCUCGAACUCAGAAGCUAAGCCUGUUGAUAGCAGUCAACCUAAUACCAACUUGAACUUAAGAGGUUCAGGUAAUGGAGUUGAGAAAGAAAUGCGUGGAACAUUGCAGACUAGCGAUUCCACAAUUUCAGAUUUUGGGAGGCGAGAUUUUAAAAGUUUGGCUAGCUGGUUGCCUGGAGUGCAUGGUGAUUCUACCCAAUUAUCUGAACCCACGUCUAAUUCAGGUGUCAAGGAUUCAUCGAAUCAUGCAUCACUACAUGGUGGUCAAUAUGAAACUAAUUCCAGGAGGUCUCGUCCAUCUUUCCUAGAUUCUAUCAAUGUGGCAAGACCUACACUGGCAUCUCCAUUCUCUCAAACCAAACCAUAUGAAUCUUUCAUGCCUGUUACUUCAAAUUCAAAUGGCACAGAUGUUCAAGAGCCAUCAACCCUUACUAAGCCAUUUUUGGAUACUGAAAUGGGACCUUUCUCAAAGUCCAAGUCAUCCAGUGCACCAGAUGUGUAUGAACAUUCAUGGAAAUCUUCAGUGUCCUCUUCCAAUGGGUUUGAUGUACCAAGAUCAAAUAUCAAUGACAAUAAUAUAGAGGGAACACAUGAGUUUUAUGCCCCUCAACAGAAUGAAGAUUUUUCAGCAUUGGAACAGCACAUAGAAGAUUUGACCCAAGAGAAAUUUUCACUGCAACGAGCGCUGGAAGCUUCACGUGCAUUAGCUGAGUCCUUGGCUUCCGAAAAUACGUCGUUGACUGAUACUUAUAAUCAACAGGUGGAACUUGAGUCUGUGAAAGCUGAGUAUACAAAUGCACAGCUGGAGUGUAAUGCUGCUGAUGAGCGAGCUAAGCUAUUGGCUUCAGAGGUUAUAGGUUUGGAAGAAAAGGUAUUGACUUGGCUUCCUCUUCUGCAGCGAAAGGCUUCUCCGUUGAUACUUCCCCCCUCCUCUGUCUUUCAGUCUGAACGAGAGAAGAAACUCUUGCAAUCUAAACUGAGGAAAGCUUCAACUGGUGGAAAAUCUAUCGAUGCCGGAAAAAUUACCGCCGUUAAAAGGGAUAUGUCGACAUCUACAGAAGAUUUAGAAGUCUUUCCAGAUACUUCGGAUCAUGAAACUUCGGAUGCGGCACUCACUGGAAGUAAUGUCCCUAGUUCUUCUGUUUCGCCUGAAAUUGGACAGCCAGACAAUGGAAUUUCUCCUGCAUCCAUUCCUGCAGAUCAGUUGAGAAUGAUCCAAAAUAUAAAUGAAAUAAUGUCCGAGUUAGCAUUUGAAAAAGAAGAAUUGAUGAAAGCUUUAGCAUCCGAGUCAUCUCAAUGUUCGAAGUUGAAGGAUUUGAACAAGGAUCUUUCACGUAAACUCGAGACUCAAACUCAAAGACUAGAGCUCUUGGCUGCUCAAAGCAUGGCCACCGAGAACAUCGCAACUAGAUUACCCGAGUCCCGUAGCAUGCAGGAGAAUCCUGCAUACGCUGACGAAGGAGACGAGGCGCCGCCAUGGAAAUCUCUGCCUAUGCGGGCCGUGGAAGCUCAGGUACAGCCACGGUUUCACAACUUGCGGAAGGUUCCGAUGCGCAAUUUUUCGAUCCGGUCAUUAUGGACUCCGAGAGGGGGCGUUGGGUACUCGAGCUGCAGCAAUGACAACAAAUUGAAGAAGCACAUCGCCGGGAUUUUCAGAGGGAUGAGUUGCUCUGACGAGUUGGGGAAGCGCACCUCGAAGUUCUUGUUCCAGUUGGCAGUUGCCGCGAUGAUGGUUACUUCCGUAUCUUUUGGCGUCAGCAAUGCUUAUUCGAGCGCCCUAAGCGAAGAGAAUUUACUGUUCUUGGAGGCGUGGAGAUUGGUUGAUCGUGCUUAUGUGGACAAAACUUUCAAUGGACAGAGUUGGUUUCGUUACAGAGAAGAAGCUCUGCGCAGCGAGCCCAUGAAUACUCGCGAAGAGACGUACAAUGCUAUACGGAAGAUGGUUGCCUCGCUGGACGAUCCUUUUACGAGGUUUCUGGAACCUGAAAAGUUGAGGAGCUUGAGGUCAGGAACAGAAGGUUCUCUUACUGGUGUAGGGCUGUCAAUAGGCUAUCCUAAUCGGUCCGAGGAAUCACCAGCUGGGCUGGUUGUUAUUUCAGCUUCCCCAGGAGGUCCUGCAAACAGGGCUGGCAUUUUGUCUGGAGACAUCAUCAUGGCAAUAGAUGAUAAAAGCACAGAAGGCAUGGGUAUAUAUGAUGCUGCAGACCGUCUACAGGGUCCAGAGGGAAGUUCAGUCGAAGUGACGAUUCGCAGUGGUACAGAAGUAAAGCAUCUGGGUUUGACACGGGAGAAGGUAUCUCUAAAUCCAGUCAAGGCUAAACUUUGUGAAAUUCCUAAAUCUGGGAAAGGCUCAUCUAAGAUUGGGUACAUCAAACUGAGUUCAUUCAGCCAAAAUUCUGCAGGUUGGUAGUAAAAUAUUCAGUUUAGAUAGUGGACUUCGGAUAUGGUAGGAUGGUUUUGACUGUCAUUAGAUUUGAUAACAUCAUUCACUGAGAAAAAAGCUUGUCUUAGUCUGUCAUCUUGGUUGUAGUUUAUGAAACAAUUUACUGUUGCAGGUGCUGUGAAGAAAGCUGUCAGUAGUUUUAAGAGCGAUGGUGUCAAUACCUUUGUUCUAGACCUUCGAAAUAAUAGUGGUGGUCUAUUCCCAGAAGGAGUUGAAAUUGCCAAGAUUUGGUUGGACAAAGGUGUGAUUGUAUAUGUGUGUGACAGUAAGGGUGUUAGAGACAUUUACGACACUGAUGGAAGUGGCGCCCUAGCAACUUCAGACCCGCUAACAGUUUUGGUGAACAAGGGUACUGCAAGUGCAAGUGAAAUACUAGCCGGUGCAUUGAAAGACAACAAACGUGCCGUGUUAUAUGGAGAACCCACAUUUGGCAAAGGAAAGAUUCAGUCUGUGUUCCAGCUAUCCGAUGGCUCAGGUGUGGUUGUGACUGUUGCUCGUUAUGAGACACCUUCGCACAUUGACAUUGACAAGGUGGGAGUGAUGCCGGAUCAUCCUCUCCCCAACUCAUUUCCAGUUGACGGUGACGAUGGUCUCUGCAUUUGCCUCCAAGACCCAGCAUCUUGCACCUCCCGUGUGGCCACCACCACUGCGAUGUAGUAUUUAUGCGCUCAUUAUCUGCUCCUGAAGUUGUUUGUUCUUAACCCAUGGAGCAAUAAUGAGAAUGACUGCACAUUAUGUUGUAUUGCCAACAAUAAUCGAUGUUUGUGUAAUCAACCAAUGAUUUACGAAGUGUUGACCAAACCAAAACUAGCAAGAACAUUUUCGUCCAGGAAGUCAGGAAUGGGAAAACAGCGAUCGACAAUUGCAAGAGCAGUGAUGUUCCACUGCUCUCCCUCGUUCGACUAUACAAGUGGGCCUUCAGCUCUUUCAAUCACGAGCCGGCCCAAAUACACGAAAAGCCCAAGACGAGUCUUUUGUUUACCGGAUGGCAGUCCGCGCCGGGUUUCCUGAUGGGCGAACGACGCCGUAGUAUGGUGUCGGUUCGCUGUAUAUAACCAUAACUGAGUUCUUUCUACUAGCCAAGCAACUAUUUCCAUCGGGCGAUUCGUGGGUUCUGGAAUUUUUUCUCGGGGAAAAGGGCGAGGGAAUUGAUCGGAGAUCAGCGCUGGAGAUGAGGCCGAUGCAGAUGGAUUUCUUCGCCGAAAUGGAAGAGCAAGGCUCGACGGUGGCGAUGGACGUCGAUGACGUUGACCCGCUCGAAAUGUUCAGCGAAGGCAUGAUGAACGAGAGCAAGCUCGCCGACGCCGAUUUCUUCAACAGUUUCGAGGACGACUUCGACGACUCGGACAUCAACUGAGGCGCGAUUCAACUCCUCCCAUGGCCGGCGAGCGCUUCUUUCUCUGUUUCUCCCAUUCUCAGUGAGCUUCUCCGUCUCUUCCUUCUAGGGAUUAGAAUUUUGGAAAGAUGUUCAGGCUUUUGUUUUACUUCACCAUGCAGUGUACUGUUUGUUGAAUACAUAUAAGUGAUGUAGAUUUGGAAUUCUCCUGAUUUCUCCUUCUCUUGUUGGUUACUAUGCUG